AAUUCUCCUAGUAUUGGACCAAACAUUACUUGGAAAAACAGAGCAAAAACAGAGCAUUUUAUCCCUCCAAAAAAAAUGGACUCAACUCCUUCUUCUUGCUCUUCUCAUUUCUUUUACCCUAUGAAUUCUGAUUUAUAUUCUUCUGAUUCUUCUCUUCCAUUUAACGUUGACGACUCCGAAGAGAUGCUACUUUAUGGUGUUCUUCAAGAGACAACUUCAGAAACAGUUACCUCGUACCACGUUGUUAAGGAAGAGGAAGUUAACUCCGAAUCCGAGGUUGUCAGCCAAGUCGAAUCGAAACCCGGUAAGAAGAAGUCGUACCGAGGUGUUAGGAGGCGGCCGUGGGGGAAAUUCGCGGCAGAGAUAAGAGAUUCAACGAGAAAUGGUGUAAGAGUCUGGCUAGGGACAUUUGAUAGCGCGGAGGCAGCUGCUUUAGCUUAUGAUCAAGCCGCUUUUUCAAUGAGGGGUACAUCAGCCAUACUGAAUUUCCCAGUGGAGACAGUUAGAGAGUCACUACGUGACAUGAAAUGCCACAUGGACCAAGACUGUUCUCCAGUUGUGGCGCUUAAAAAGCGCCACUCAAUGAGAAAAAGGAACACUACUAGUAGUUCCAAGAAGUGCAAUAGUAAUAAUAAUAAUAAAGUAAUGAGGGAAGUUAAAAUGGAGAAUGUAAAUAAUGUAGUGGUGUUUGAAGACUUGGGGCCUGAUUAUUUGGAACAACUUUUGAGUACUAGUAGUUCAAGCGAUCAAAGUAGUUGUGAUUGCGAUGCUACUCCUACUUAUUUUAGUCCAUGGUAAAUCAAGAUUUAUCCAUGUUUAUUUAUUAUUUUAUUUUUGUUUCUUUUUUUUCUUUAGGAGUGGGGAAUUCCAUCUCUUUGUUGUAAAAAUUUUGGUCAUGGCUGUAUUCAAGUUUUAUGUGAUUUUGCUAGUCGA